UCGCCCUACUUCAGGGACAAACAACAAGUGUGUGUACUUCAUUAAAAAAUAUAUAUAUAUAUAAAUAUUGAACAAACAAACGUCUAAUAGCCAGUCACAAAAGAUGUUGAAUUUUCGAUUGUUGAUAUUUUGGAUAACCCUUCCAACUGUCUUCAGUCAGUAUUAUUUUGUAACAGUACCAAAUGUGAUACAUUUUGAACAUGACGAAACGGUGACGAUCAGUGUGUUUGGUCUAACAAAUACGGCUGUAAAGGUGUGGUGUCAGUUUGGUGAAGAGAUAUUUUCAGAAAAGACAGUCGUCGUUCAAGAUGAAGAACAUCCGGUAACAACCACAAUUACGGUAACAGAGGACGACGUGUUUGAUUCAAAGACCAUAGAGAAACCAAGAACAAUUCAGAUCAUGUCAGAAUGUCAAGGUCAGACCAAAUCGAAAGACGUGAGCCUCAGUUACAACACCGGAUUCCUAAUCGUACAGACGGACAAACCUAUAUACGCACCGGAUCAAAAAGUAACUGUAACCAUAAUUGCCUUAGACGAAUCAAAGAAGGCCGAAACUACACGUGCAGUUGGGUUUGACUUAACAAGUCCUUCCAAUAUAACUUUAGCAAGAAGAAUUUUAUUUCAUGGAAGAGGCGGAAUUUUCAAGCACCAGUUUUUGUUGCCGCCACAUCCUGAGAAAGGUGUUUGGUCUGCCAGGUCCUUUUAUCUAGGGAAGUUCGAGACUGAAGAACAAACACAGUUCAUUGUGGGAGAGCAUGAACGUCCGCCAUUUUCUGUAACAAUCGAUGUUGACGUUCCCUGUAUAUUGCCUGACACGGUCAACGUAAGGAUAGAUGUUAGAGCUAAGUACUUUCACGGAAAACCCGUGCACGGUACUGUUAGUCUAAUCCUUCUGUUAAGAGAUAGACUUGAUGCCAGGAAACUGUUAUUUGAAAGUAGUCACAAUAUCUUAGGAAGAGAUUGGGGAGGAUACAGUGUGAAGACGUUUGACAUUAAUGUGACUGAAAUAUUAAACUCGGAACACCUGCUGGACACUGAUUUUCCUGAGAAAAGUCGGCUUGAAGUAAAGGCUACAGUGUAUGACACUGCACUAACAAAAGAAGUUACUAAGACACACUAUGGCACAAUAUUUGCUCGAAAUCCCUAUGUCUUCAAGUUUUCGAGAUCAAAACGGGUGUAUCUGCCAGGAUUUAGUUACUUUCUUAAGAUUGAUGUUACUUACGUAAAUGGCGAGCCUGCUGUUGGUAAAACAACCACAAUAAACAUGUUUAAAGGCGACGAGCUCUUGGAUAGCAAAGAAGAGACAACGGACAGUAGAGGGCGAAUAGUUACUCUGUUCCCUAUGUCCCCAGUUGCAGAUACGAUAACAUUUUUCGUGAACACGACAAGUUUUCAAAAGAGUGAACCAUUCAUCGUUGUACCACGUGCUGAAGCGAUGCAGGACCAGGUUCAAGUCGAAUAUAUACCGACAUAUGACGGCAAGUUUAUGAUGCGAAUUCUCACCAACAUGGCCCCAGUAAAAGAUUACACAGGACUCUUCCUCAUGGUCAUCAACGGAGACACUAUGAAAACAACUUACAAGAAGGCAGCCAAUCAAAUCAAUAUGGAGAUAUCUAGGGAAGUAUUGCACGCACCUCUUGGAAACACCAUUCGACUUCUGGCUUUUUAUGUUGACAAAAAUAACCACGAAGUGGUGGCGGAUUCUGUACAGUUUCAGACAGAGAGCAGCUGUACUGCCGACAUGAUGUCAUUAGACGUGGACAAGAUGCGAGUCUAUCCUGGUAGUGUGGAAAGAAUGUUAGUCCGUGGCAGUCCUUUCACGUGGGUUUCAGUACACGUUACUGACGCUGCCGUAACGUCCAUGUAUGAAAAUCAUGUCUCUAUGAACGAUAUGAUUUUGUCUGUUCUUGAGUCACAUGACCGUGGAUGUGGACAGGGUGGCGGAAGAAACAGCGCUGAAGUGUUUCAGACAACGGGACUGACUGUUUUGACUAACGCUGUUGUCAAUGGUGACGCCUUGCAGCAAAGUUCAAGCGGAUGUGAUUUUAUCAGUAGAGCUAAACGAGAAACUAGUAUGUUUAGCAGCAAUGAACGUGAGAUGCCAAAUUACGUGGAAUACCUUAAUUCAUACGGUUUCCGACACUACACACUAUCACGAUCAGAUAUGAGAGAAACACUUGAAUUGGGCUCAGUACAGCUUGAUAGGGACGGAGAAAGACAUAUUACAUUUAUAUACCCUGACACUGUCACCUCAUGGAAAAUUCAAGCAUUAGGUAUAACAGAAGAUCAAGGACUGUGUUUGGCCAAUCCAGUUGAAGUACAAUCGUUCAGAUCCUUCUUCAUGCAACUUGAGUUACCUUAUAAGGCGAAAAGACUGGAAAGUUUUGAAGCCAAAGUUACAGUAUACAACUACGGUUUUGAGACAGACGACCCGUAUACGGUCAAUGUAUACCUUGAAAGCGAUGUAAACAUAUGUUACCAUGGAAACCCUGGGACCCCAACUUCACCAACUCAGGUUGAUUUACCACCUAACAGCGUACAGACGAUACGGUUCCCUGUUACUCCGGUAACCAAAGGGUUGUUGCCAAUUAAGGUGACGGCAGUUACAAUACACACGGAUAUUCCAGCAGUUGACACUUUCCAGAGAAAACUGCUGGUUGUGAGUGAAGGUGUAGAGGAACAUGUACCAAUACAAGUUUGUCUUGAUCCGAACAGACAGUUAGAAGACUGUACACAUGACGUCAGGGUAAUCAGUGAGGCUGCAGUACACUCACAUGUCUUAGAACAAGUGCUGACCUUGAACCUAACCUUGCCGGCAUCUAGUAUACCAGGUUCAGGAACUGCGACGGCAUACAUGCGAAGUUCCUUGAUGAAUGAUAUUGUUACAACAACACUAGAGGGUGCGGAGAGGCUGAUGAGGCAGCCUAUUGGGAGCUUUGAGACGACCAUUGCGCAGCUCGCUAACACAGUAUACUCUCUAUAUUACUUAGAAGAGACCAAUCAACUUACGUCUGAAGUUGAGACAAAAGCCUUAAGCUGGAUAUCUAACGGUAUAGAGAGAUCAAAACAGUUUAGACACACGGAUAGAUCAUUUUCUACUUGGUCAACCAGAGCUUCAAGUACCUGGCUUACAGCAUUUGCAGCCAAAGUGGGUUGUCAUCUACAGCAUAAUGGUUAUCGCAAGAGCCAUGAUCUAUUUUCUGUACUCCUAGUUAAACCAUGGUUUGAGGAAAACAUACAAGAAGAUGGACAGUUCGUUGAAAACAUGUCCCCAGUUUAUAGAGAAAAUGUGUAUGGUUCAUUGGAAAUGAAAGGUCCCUCGUUUACUGCUAACGUGCUGGUGGCACUGCUAGAGUGUUCGCGCACAUUGGGCAGCAUGUACAGGAACAGGAACUCCAUUCAUCCUGCAGCAGCCUAUGUCGAAGGACUACCCAUAAACUUACUAAAAAAUAGUCCGUACACAUUAGCCGUGAGUACGUAUGCACUAGCGUUAUAUAACAGCUUCGAGAAAUGGAGGUUCAAACGCCUUUUACACGAGAUCCAGCACAAGGAAGGAGAAUAUAUAUUCUGGGGAAGUCUCGGAGAAGAUUCUGUCAGCUCCGAGGAUGUAGAAACAACCGCCUACGCUCUCUUGGCAAUGCUUGAACUUGACGAUCUCAGAACAAGCGCUUAUAUUGUUAGAUGGUUAACCGAUAAAAGAAAAGAUGUCAAAUCUUUCAAAAAUAUGCAGGAGACGAGUAUCUGUCUCCAAGCUCUCACUGCCUAUAGUCAGCGAGCAAAGAAUACUGAUGCUGAUACAGAUUUAGAAGUUUCGUUGUCAGGAUAUACAUAUCGUCUCACCAAAGAAAAAACGUUCCAUUCAAUUAGAAACCUUCCAGUCGAGAGUGGAGAUAAUACACUCACUAUCAUAGCAACCGGAUAUGGAUAUGGUAGAAUGACAAUUGACAUGCGCUAUCACAGACCGGAAGUGGAUAACGAGAUCUGCCCGUUUGAGUUGUCGGAUGUAGAAGUUAUCGACAGGAUGGAUUGCAACACCUGCGAUUCCCGUACAGAAGAGGACGGCAACAGUAGUGGAGACACGGAAGAUAACGCUCAUUCCGGAACAGUCAUAUGUAACCGAUUCAGUAUAAGAUCUAUGAGCGGCGAAGAUUUUAAUGCAACAGUAGUUGAAUUCGGUGUAGAGAGCGGUGUUGAAGUCAUAGAAGAAGAUUUAAAAAAGCUGUUACAGCAUACACGCAACAUAAAACAAUAUGACAUCAUAGAAAAUGGCCAGACUUCGAUCAAGUUUUUAAUUGAAGUGAUGACGUCAGAAAAGACGUGGAUAUCUUUCUGUUUGAAUGACACGUUUUCUGAGGAGAACGACGUACACACGAGACAACCUUCCAUAGUGCAUGUUUACGACCAAACCAAUCAUGAGCAUUUUGUAGGCCGCCGGUGUUCAAAGUUGUAUUCUACGGAUCCAGAUAGGGGUCUUGGCGGAAAUUUUAUUUGCGACAAGGACACACAGCAGUGUCAGUGUUUCCGUGAUCUUUGUGUCACACCUGUGGAUGAUGAGCUGAAACUGCUGGCAAAAAUGGGCGAGAAACCAGCGAAAAAACUAGCCAACUAUACUUGCAACCCAGAAAAUGCGAACUAUGCUGUUCUAGUUGAAAUCAAGGAUAUACAGUAUGAUGCCCGCUUGAAUUUUAUGAUUGCCAAUGCCAAAGUGAACAAGACCAUCCGUCAAGGAAAACAGCCACUCAAACGAAGCGAUAUGAUGACGUUUUUCUGGAAAUCUACCUGCAGAUAUCCUUCCGUCAAAGUGGAGCGCUUGUACUAUAUAAUUGGGAAAGAUGGCGUCGAGUUUACAAAGGCGGAUAAUACGACAGCGUAUAUGUAUCCUUUAAUGGAUACUGCAUUGGUGAUCGAAGAGCGAACUACAAGACUGCUGAGGAUUUACCUGCGGGUGUACACGGCCCUGAUGGAGAAAACAGGCUGCCUAGAUUAG